GCGCGCCAGCCGACGCCGCUGCCGGGCGCUUCGCCGUGGCGCUGGACGCGGGGAGCACUGGCACGCGCGUGCACGUGCUCCGCUGGCGGCCUGGCGCUCGGGGCGCGCACCCGGCGCUGAGCGAGGCGCGGCCCGAGUGGAGCUCGCGGGUGGAGCCCGGGCUCGCCGCCUUCGAGGCCGAGCCCGAGGGCGCCGCGCGGUCCGUGGGGCCGCUGCUGCGCUUCGCGGAGGGCGUGGUGCCCGCGGGCGAGCGCGCGGGCACGCCGCUGCUGCUCUACGGCACGGGGGGCAUGCGCGCGCUCGCGGAGGAGGCCCAGCGCGCGAUCUACGUCAGCGUGCGGCGUGCGUGCGCGGCGGCGCAGUUCCAGCUGGCGCCGCAGGCGUUCCGCUCGCUCAGCGGCGACGAGGAGGCGCUCUUCGGGCUGCUCGCGCUCUGGUGGCUGCGCCCGGCGGGUUCUACGCCCUGUCUGCCGCCUUCUACAUCGUUAACUUCCUCUCCUUCCGGCUCGGCCUGCCGGGCAUGCCUCGGCCAGCGCUGGAGUCAGUCAACGCCUCCGCGUUCGAGCUGUGCAGGCUCCCGUGGGCGGACGUCGUGGCUGGCCCUCCCGAGCCGAGGACGCCGUCGAAGAAGCUGCCGCAGCGCUGCUUCGACGCGCAGUACCUCGUCGCCCUGCUUACCGAGGGCUUCGGCUUUGACCUCGGCAGCUCGCAGAUUACCUUCGUGGAGAAGGUGGGCGUGGGCCAACCAGAGUGGGCCUACGGAGCUAACGGGCCCGUCGACGUCGCCUGGCACCUCGCGCGCUCGCCGCCGCAGCACGGCGCCGGCCCGCCAUCGCCGCAGCACGGCGCCGGCCCGCCAUCUCCGGAGGGCACCCGGCCGACGCCGAUGCUGGCCAGGCCCGUAG